AUGCCAAGAACACGAAGACAAAGUGCAGAACAUCGUCGGCGGCUUAUUAGAAAUAGACUCCGACAAUUGAGAGUAGUUGAAGAACCAAAUGAUAAUAGUUUGCAUGCUGUGGCGAAUUCUCCGAUUCAGAGAAGAUCGCACUCAAUUUCGAGCUCACAGCGGUCAUAUAAUACAGAAUGGCGGUAUAACCGUAGGUUAGAUCCUGUAUUCCGACUGCAAGAACAAACUAGAAACACUCGGGAACACCAAGUUAGACGUUCUGUCGCAGCAUAUAGAGAAGAGGAGCAAACUCGAAAUACAGCCGAACAUCAAGUUCGACGAACUGAUCCAACUUAUCGAGAAGAGGAGCAAACUCGAAAUACAGCCGAACAUCAAGUUCGAAGGGCUGAUUCUGAAUAUCGGCAAGCGGAGCAGUUGCGUGAUACGCUUAGCCAUCAGAAUAGACGCAGUGAUCCCGUAUAUAGGACCGGAGAACAACUCCGUAAUACAUUCGAACAUCAUGAAAGGCGUUCUGAUCCAGCUUAUCGAGAAGAGGAGCAAACUCGAAAUACAGCCGAACAUCAAGUACGACGGGCUGAUUCUGAAUAUCGGCAAGUGGAACAGUUGCGUGAUAUGCUUAGUCAUCAGAGUAGACGCAGUGAUCCCACCUAUAGGACCGGAGAACAAUUCCGUAAUACAAUCGAACAUCAUGUAAGACGUUCUGAUCCAACUUAUCGAGAAGAGGAGCAAACUCGAAAUACAGUCGAACAUCAACUGCGACGGGCUGAUUCUGAAUAUCGGCAAGUGGAACAGUUGCGUGAUACGCUUAGCCAUCGGAGUAGACGCAGUGAUCCCAUAUACAGAAUAGAAGAACAAUUCCGUAAUACUGUCGAACAUCAAGUAAGACGUUCUAUUGCAGAGUACCGAGAAGAGGAGCAGACUCGGAAUACAGCCGAACAUCAACUCAGACGAGCUGAUUCUGAAUAUCGCCAAUCGGAGCAGCAGCGUGAUACGCUUAGUCAUCAUACAAGGCGUAAUGAUCCACAUUAUCGUGCAUCUGAACAAGCAGUUAAUACAUUACGUCGUUCCCUUCGAAGACAAAAUCUACAAUAUAGAACUAUUGAACAACAACAAAAUAACAUACAAAGGCAGUUGAGAAGAAGGAUACAGCGACAAAAUCUACAAGAUAUUCAACGUAGUGGAAACGAAAGAGUUCUUCGUCAUAGAGAUGUUAAUUUAAAUAGAGAGAGGGAACGCAAUCGACAGGCUGAACGGAUAAGAACACAGCGAGAGAAUUUAUCUGAGGAAGAUGUGGAGGAAAAUCGAAGAUUAACUACAAUAAAUCGCAACACGUUACGAUUCAACAGGUACAACGAUACUAUCAAGCAAGGACCAACCAUAAUAUGUACCUGUUGCGGAGGAUUAUGGUUUCCACACCAGGUAGAUGAAUUAUCACGGGAUCGAAUUAAUGUAAGUACAGAAUUUAUUAAUGAUGUUUUUUGUCUUUCCGAAAGGUUUCCGUCUGAAAACAAUAGUUUUGUUUUUUGCAAAACCUGUAGCAGGUCAAUAAAGAAUAAACGAAGGCCAAAUAUACGUCUAUCAAAUGGCCUUGAUUAUCCAGAGAUACCAGAUUGUCUCAAGGACUUAACGUCUAUCGAAGAACGGCUUGUAACUGCCAGACUUCCAUUUAUGAUAAUCAUAGCCCUUGGAUUUGAAAGACAAAGCGCAAUACGGGGUGCUGUUGUAAAUGUUCCUGUUUCUGUAAAUGAAACAGUUACAGCUCUUCCUAGAACAUUCGACCAAGCUAAUGUAAUUCAGCUUCAUUUAAGGCGCCGUCUUGAAUAUCAGCAUGAUUAUAUGACUGAAACAAUUAGACCAGCUAAAGUAAUUGAGGCCGCCAGGUAUUUGAUUACCACCGAAUUGUAUAUCAAACAUGGUAUACAUAUCGAUGAUAAUUGGUUUAGUAGUUUUGAUUCACAAAAUGUUGUACCAUUUUUUGCUGACCGACGGGAUGAAAAUAUUAUUAGAAAUAUCUUCAACCAUCAGACUAUUAGCGGCAAUAAUGAUAACAAUAUUGAUGAAUUUGAUAUGGAAAACCUGAAUCCUGGUGGCCAACAAACAUUACUUGAUAAUGUUCCUGUAGAAAAUAUUCCACUGCAGAGAGUAAUUAUUGCGCCUGGGGAGGGACAGCGUCCUCUUGAUAUGGUAGUGGAUGAAGAUUCCGAGGAACUCGCAUUCGUUACUAUUUAUGGAGGAAAGAAAAGAACGUGUCCAGAAACAUACAGUAAAAUUGUUCGGUCAGAAUUACGAAGAUAUGACAGACGAGCUUGUAGAAUAGAUAAGCUACUCUACAGUUACAAAAAACUUGAGCUUUUGUCAAUAAAGAGUGCUAUGUCCAUCGCUUUACGCAAGCAUGUUAGAUCGACAAAUGUCACGGCGGGUAAUGCCCUUAACGAUGCAUUCAUGAAUAACCUUAUACAACACGAUGAUGGAUAUCGUAUUUUAAAAGGUGUGCGAUCUUCUCCAGCUCACUGGGAAGCUGAAAAAAAGAAAGCAGUGGCAAUGAUUCGACAAUUUGGCCUUCCUACCUUUUUUAUUACACUUUCUGCAGCAGAAACAAAAUGGAUUGAACUGUUGGUUAUUUUAUCAAAAACGGUUGAUAAUGUUGAAAUAACUGAGGAUGAUGCUAACAACCUAACUUUUGCCGAAAAGGCCAGACUUAUUCGCAGUGAUUCCAUAACUUGUGCCCGUUAUUUUGAUUUUAGGUUUCGACAACUUUUUGCCCUUUUCAAGAUGAGUAAUGGAGUUUUUGAUCACCAUCCCGUGGAAAAAUAUUACUGGAGAGUUGAGUUUCAGCAGAGAGGAUCUCCACAUAUCCAUGGUAUGUAUUGGUUAAAAGAUGCUCCAAAAAUUGACCUUAACGAUCAGUCUACUUUUCCCGCCGUAGUUGCGUUUAUUGACAAAUAUAUAAGCACAAAUGGUAGCGAUCCAUGUGUUGCCCAAUAUAUUGAUUAUCAAAAACACAACCAUAAUCGGUCUUGUACUAGGGAAUAUAGGGGAGAAAGAAUUUGCCGGUAUGGUAUUCCAUAUCCACCAAUGCCUCAAACGGAGAUUCUUACUCCUCUUCCAGAAAGCUUUGAAUGUAUAGAUCAAUAUAAGGAUUUAUAUGCCAAAAUUCAAAGCCUUCUAAAUUCUAAUUUAAGUGGUGAAGAAAUAUCCAAUUUAAAUGACUUUGAAUGCUUCUUAAACAGUGCUCACAUUAAUAUGUCAUAUGAGGAAUACAAAUUGGCUUUGCGUUCAUCUCUUAAGAAGCCUAGAAUUUUUUUACGUAGAAGGUUCGAGGACAAAAUGCUAAACGCGUAUAAUCCCACAAUACUGCCAUUGCAUAGAGCAAAUAUGGAUAUUCAAUUUAUAUUGGAUGCAUAUGCAUGUUGCAGCUAUAUUGUUAAUUAUAUUAACAAAUCCAAUCGGGGAAUUUCCAGAAUUUUACGCGAAGCAGUUGAUGAAAUUAGAGGAGGGAAUUUUUCUAUUAAGCAAAAACUUCAACAUAUUGGACAUAAGUUUAUUUCAGGAACUGAAAUUUCUGCACAAGAAGCAACUUAUUGUUGUUUGGGAAUGCACCUUUCGGAAAGCAGUAAUGCGGAUAUAUAUAUAAAUACAGGUAGACCCGAAGAACGAGUAUUGAUUCUAAGGUCACGCGAUCAGCUACAAAACUUGCCACCAGACUCUACAGAUGUGUACGUAACAAGUCUUUUGGACCAUUACGUUCAGAGACCUGAUGAGUUAGAUUCACUGUGCUUGGCAGAUUUUGCAGCUUUUUAUAAGUUUUCACGAACCGCAAGAAAUAUACAAAAUGAUGAAACUUAUAAUGAGCACGAAGACCACGAAGAAAACGAGUUAUCUGGAAGAUUUCUGAGAUUAAAAGAUAAUAGCGGAUUCAUCAAAAAGAAAACGAAGCCAAAUGUUAUCAGAUAUAGGCAUUAUAAUGCAAAUACUCAUCGAAGUGAUUACUUUAGAGAAUUGGUAAUGUUAUACCAUCCCUGGCGAAAUGAAGAAAUCGAUAUUUUGCAAAAUGAUAACGAAGGCUUUUGUAGUAUUCACAAGGAUUCCAUUGAAUCAAACCGGAAAAGGUAUGAUGUUUUUGAAGAAAGGGAACUUCAAAACGUUCUUGAAAAUCUAAGGCAUGAAACCGAAUCCGACAGUAAUGGCAACGAAGAUAAUGAUAAUACAGCUAUUGAUAACGAGUUUAGAGUUCUGGGUGUACCUGAAAUAAAUCCAGAUAUUAAUGUUCUUAACAUACCCGAAAACGAACCAACUGAGGAAUCUUCGGAAGGUUGUAUUCGUUUGAUUAAACUUCCGCCACUUAUACCAGAAAACGAUUUGUUAACAAUGGUGAGAUCAUUGAACAAUAAACAAAAGCUUUAUUUAUCCCAUUUGUUACAUAACAUUAAAUUGGGACAUUCAUUUUACGAAUUUGUUGGAGGUGGUGCUGGAGUCGGUAAAAGUAGAUUAAUAUCUGCUAUAUAUCAAUCUUUAAAUUACAGACUAAAUUUUAUUCCUGGUACGGAUCCCAGUUUGAUAAAAGUAUUGCUUUGUGCACCUACUGGAAAGGCAGCAUUUGGCAUUGGUGGAGCUACACUUCAUUCAAUGUUUUCACUGCCAAUAAAUCAGUCUGCGGCAGAGCUUAGACCUUUAAGCAGUGAUACAGCUAAUGCUUUGUAUUCAAAAUUUUUAAACUUAAAGCUCCUAAUCAUAGAUGAAAUAUCUAUGGUAGGAUCAAAAAUGCUCAGGUAUCUCGACGCAAGACUGAAGCAAGUAUUUAAAUCGACUGCACCAUUUGGAGGAAUUUCUCUGGUAGUGUUUGGGGAUUUGAGGCAACUUCCGCCUGUAGGAGAUAGUUGGAUAUUUUCUGCACCAUCAAAUGAUCCUUAUAGUGUUAUAUAUGGGUCUACAUUAUGGGACAUGUUUAAAUAUUUUGAACUAAAUGAAAUAAUGCGUCAGAGAGAAGAUCAAGCAUUUGCAAGAGCUCUUAAUAAUAUGGCUUGCGGAAAAAUGUCUGAACAAGACGUCUCUUUGAUGAAAUCGCGGGAAGUUCUUGAGUCAAAUGUUCCAGCCGAAGCAAUACAUUUACUAUGCACAAAUGCUGAAGUUGAUAACUGGAAUGCUAUUAAACUCAAUAGUAUAACUACAGAAGAAUCAAUUUCUUAUGCCGAUGACCAAGUAAAAUCAGUGGGAUUAUCCAGAGAAAAUAGAGCUAGUAUUUUGGAAAAUGUUAAAGUUUUCAAAACAUCCGAGACACAAGGACUUCGGUAUGAUUUGAAAUUAAAGACAACUGCAAAGUAUAUGGUUACAGUAAAUAUUAACACUAGUGAUGGCUUAGUCAAUGGAGCAACAGGGCAACUCAUGCAAAUUGACUUUGAUAACAAUCACAAACCAUUUACAUUGUGGAUUAAAUUUUCUGAUACUUCUAUUGGUGUUUUGGCUCGGUUACAAAGACGACAUCCAAAUGAAGCUUUAUGGACACCUAUAGAAAUGUUAGUACGGUCCUUCCAAUAUAAACGGAACGAAAAUGUGAACAUUGACCGUAAACAGUUUCCAGUUGUACCAGCUGAAGGUAUAACUAUCCAUAAAAGCCAAGGAGCAACAUAUGAAAGCGUAGCUGUUCAUUUAAAAUCAGGCAUGAAACGCUCUGCUUUAUAUGUUGCAUGUAGUCGAGCAAAAAGUGCUUCGGGACUUUAUUUAAUUGGAAAGUUCCCAUCUAAUUUACCUAAAGUGACAAAUAAUGACUUAGUCCAAAUGGAGAUGAAUAAUCUUCAAAAUAGUAAAAAACUAACAACAAAUUUUGAUUUUUUGAUUGAUAGAAGAUUAAAUAUAACUUAUCAUAAUGUUCAAAGCUUACAUGCUCAUAUUGAAGAUGUUCGUUGUGAUAAGUUGAUGUUGCAGUCGGAUAUCCUUUGUUUUGUUGAGACUUGGACUUUAAGUCAUGAAAACUAUGAUAUUCCUGGUUUUAGCAUUUUACCUAGAAUGCGAUUAGAUUCAAAUGAAAACGCAAAUAGACGAUGCAAACGUGGAAUUAUCGUUUACGUGAAAAAUGAACUUGCAAAUUCUAUACAAUAUUGCUAUAGUAAACAAGCUCACAUUGCAAAUAAAACAUUCGAAUUUAUUAUAUUUAAGUGCCAGGAUUUUAACAUUACCGUUUUGUAUAGAAAUAAAAACUACCCUGCUGGAUCUGUAAUUAGAGAGUUAAACGAGUUGUUUUCCCAAAGUAACUAUUUUAAUGACAAAUCCAUUAUAAUUGGAGAUUUAAAUAUUUGCCGAAGAAACAGUUGCAGCGAGUUAGAAAGACAACUAAGGGAUAAAGGUUUUAACUCUCUAAAUUCGACGAGCACUACAAAAAGUGCAACACAAAUUGAUUGGUGUUUUUCAAAUUUAGACGAAAGCACGAUUAGUGCUAAAACAUAUGAAACUAUCCAUAGUUACCAUGACGCAAUAUGUGUUAGCAUAUUAAGGUAG